AUGUCGCCAACGCCGGUCACCAUUAUUACUGGGUUCCUUGGUGCCGGAAAGACGACACUGAUCCUGAAUCUUAUCCCACAACUCCCCAAGGAUUAUAAACUUGCCCUGCUGAAGAACGAGUUCGGCGACGUUGCCGUGGACUCACAGCUCGCCGGGUCAGCCUCCAUUUCAGGCGUCCGCGAGCUCUUGAACGGGUGCAUAUGCUGCAACCUUGUGGGUCAAUUGAGUGAUGCGCUUUUCCAGCUCAAAGACUCGGUAGCGCCCAGCAGAAUCAUCAUCGAAACGUCCGGAUCUGCCUUCCCCGCCACGCUCGCCAUGGAAGUGAACCGUGUUUCACGAGAGCACCCGGGCUCGUUCAACCUCGACGGCGUCAUCAGCGUCAUCGACGUCGAGAACUGGAGGGGCUACGAUGACACCAGCUAUACGGCGAAGAUGCAGGCCAAAUACACGGAUCUGAUCGUCUUCAACAAAUGGGAACUCGUCGACGAGCGCAUGUUUGAAGAUGCCCUGGAUCGGGUUGGCGAUCUGGACGUCCAAGUUGCCUGGGUCAAAAGUCAAAAAGGCUGGGUUGAUGUGGAAGUCAUCAUGGGCAUUGACGGGGCCAUGGUUCGGGCGGAAGGCUUGCGGGAAGCCAUCGAAUUCAACGAAGAACACGCGCACGGAGAUCACCACCAUCACCAAGAAGAAGUCGAAGUGCUGAAUGUUGUGGUGACCAACGAAGACAUGACCAAACCUCCCCAAGGGGUGGUGCUGGAAUCGUUUGAGGACCUGCUCCUUUCUGCGCCCAAGGACGAGGUCUAUCGCAUCAAGGGGCUCGUGCUUUCCUCCCGGCCACCGCCAGACUCCACAGGCGAUCGGAAAUCCAGCAUAGCGGUCGACUCCGAGGGACAAAGUCUGUAUGUCUUGAAUUGGGCAUUUGGACGCUGGACAUACACGCCGCUGCCCAGCACGGCCUUUAGUGCCAUGGAGAAGGCCAGUGCUCGGCUGACUUUUAUCCUGGCGAGGGGAGAAGCAGAUAAAUGGAUCAGAAGGCUAGAGAAAGGGGACUUCAUCGCUCUUGAAGGAGAAGGCGGGAAGGAAGAGAAGGGCUCGCUAAAAAUUGACAAGAUAGGGUGA